ACGCAUCUGACUUAGUCACUGCUUCAGCUAGCCAUUGUAGAAGUAGUUGUUGGUAGAGCCCAGGCAGUGCAGUAGAAUAAUCUGAAACCUAGGGAAUUUGCCAGGAACAUCCUAGAAGGUGGAAUCGGUAUAUACCGAUCGCGGAUAUCGAGGCGCGAGCAGCAAUCAAUUGAGUUAUCAACCAGAUCGUAGCAGCGUUUAACAGAAAUCAAUUCCCUCAGCGCUUGGACCACCAAGCGUCAUUUUCUACCAAUGGCCAACUUCGAAGACUACGGCUAUCUGCCCGCAUCGGAUGGACAGUAUACCAACGACGCAUCUUGUGCACGGCUGCGGAUUAAAGUGAUAGCUGGAACCCAACUGGCGAAAAAGGAUAUAUUCGGAGCGAGUGAUCCAUAUGUUCGAAUUGAUCUUAAUACCAUAGAAGGCGAUGAAAACAUAGAUUCAGUGCUGACGAAAACUAAGAAAAAAACCCUGCACCCGCAAUGGAACGAAGAGUUUAUAUUUCGGGUUAAGCCCCACGAGCAUAAACUGGUGUUUCAGGUGUUCGACGAAAACCGCCUUACACGAGAUGAUUUUCUUGGUAUGGUGGAACUUACGCUUGGGCAACUGCCCAAAGAGCAAGAAGGCGUUGACUUACCAUCCAAAAGAUAUCCGUUACGGCCACGAAGGUUAGUUAGCGAAUGCUAUAGCCGUCUUACGUUUUACCAUGCUUGGUUUUUAUUGAAUUUCAGCGCACGUUCAAAAGUACGAGGAUUUUUGGACCUUUACCAUGCAUACAUACAGGAUCAAAACUCCUGUAAUGAGGGCGAUUGGCAAUUGCCAGAAUCUACCCAGCUGGAGGAUACGCUUGAUUGUUCAAAUACAACCUGUAACAAUACUUCCGACAUCCUACCAGAUGGCUGGGAGGAACGGCAGGAUGCGAACGGUCGUACUUAUUACGUAAACCACUUUGCCCGGUCGACACGAUGGGAGCGACCUACAACGUGUACAUCGGAAGUGACUACGGAAAACGAUUUGGAUGUUGCGUUUCAGAGACGGGUACACAUAAGCGCAGAUGAUAGUACAUCGGACGGGGAAAACGGUACACAAUGUGGGAUGGUACAUCAAUCAUCGGAGGCUGAACGUUGUUCAUCAAGCCGGUCAUCGAUGGGAAGUACUAGCAGUCUACGAAUACAACAACAAGAACGCAGUGACGGUGGAGCGGGAUCGGAAGAUGAAGUGGAUGGAGUUGGUCGCAACACAGAACCUCCAUCCAGCAGUUAUAACAACAGCACUAAUAAUAUCAACAUCCCUUCCACAACCAACAACAAUGAGCUGAGCGACGAUAGAUCAUCAACACGUUCUUCGACCUCUAAUGAUAACGAUUCAUCUAGCAGCAGCCCGGCCGGUGGUUCUGUGAUGUUACCCGCAGGCUGGUCGAUGCAGCUCGCCCCGAAUGGGAGAGUUUUUUUUAUUGACCACAACGAACGCAAGACUUCAUGGGUCGAUCCUCGAACGGGAUGUGCCAGUCCGAUGCCGACCAGUGGUACUUACGGUUCUUUGAGGAGUGGGCAGAAACCGGAAGAUGGCCUCGCUCCGCUUCCCGAAGGCUGGGAAGAACGCAUACAUACAGAUGGGCGAAUCUUUUUCAUCGAUCACAAUACGCGAACUACACAUUGGGAAGAUCCGCGAUUAUCGAUACCAAACAUAGCCGGUCAAGCUGUACCGUACUCCAGAGACUACAAGCGAAAGUACGAAUAUCUUAAAACCCAACUACGGAAGCCGCAAAAUAUACCGAACAAAAUAGAGAUCAAGGUACGGCGUGCGUCCAUCCUCGAAGAUUCGUACAGGAUUAUCAAUUCUAUCACCAAGGUCGAUCUGCUUAAAACGAAGCUAUGGAUAGAGUUCGAAGGAGAGGCGGGCCUGGAUUAUGGUGGAUUGGCUCGCGAAUGGUUCUAUCUCCUGUCUAAGGAAAUGUUCAACCCUUACUACGGUCUGUUCGAGUACUCAGCGAUGGAUAACUAUACGCUGCAAAUAAAUCCUUUCAGCGGGCUUUGUAAUGAGGAUCAUCUGCAUUACUUUAGAUUUAUUGGUCGAGUCGCGGGAAUGGCCGUGUACCACGGUAAACUGUUGGAUGCGUUCUUCAUAAGGCCUUUCUACAAGAUGAUGCUGCAAAAAACGAUCGAACUAAGGGAUAUGGAGGCAGUCGACAUGGAGUACUACAAUUCACUGCUGUGGAUCAAAGAGAACGAUCCAAGUGAACUAACACUCACGUUCUGUGUGGAUGAAGAAACAUUUGGAUACACGAGUCAGCACGAGCUUAAACCGAACGGUGCCGACAUUGAAGUGUCGAACGAAAAUAAGGAUGAGUAUAUCCGGCUGGUAAUACAAUGGCGCUUUGUCUCACGCGUCCAAGACCAGAUGCAUGCGUUUUUGGAUGGCUUUGGGUCGCUAGUACCGCUCAAUCUAUUGAAGAUUUUCGAUGAGAAUGAGUUAGAACUACUCAUGUGUGGCAUUCAGAGUAUCGACGUGAAGGACUGGAAACGAAAUACGCUUUACAAGGGCGACUACUACCCCAAUCACGUAAUUGUACAGUGGUUCUGGCGCGCUGUACUUUCGUUUUCGAGUGAAAUGCGCGCCCGUCUGUUGCAGUUUGUCACCGGCACGUCGCGCGUGCCAAUGAAUGGAUUUAAGGAGUUGUACGGUUCCAAUGGACCGCAGAUGUUUACUAUCGAAAAAUGGGGUACCCCGGAGAACUAUCCCAGAGCACACACAUGCUUUAACAGGUUGGAUUUGCCGGCAUACGAGAGCUAUCUGCAACUAAAAGACCGUCUUGUGAAGGCCGUGGAGGGCAGCCAAGGGUUUGCUGGCGUCGACUAAGCAGCCACAAAGAACAUCAUAAUCGCAGCUCUCGUAAUCGUCCAAAAAUCGUGCCACUUUCCUCGACUUAAUUACGUGUUCUAGAUGCCAUGUCAGUGGGAAUGGCGCAUUUCACAGGGGAGGGAGCAUCUAGUUUACGAAUUAACUGUACGGGAAAGCCUGCUUUACGCUGCUUGAACUGCAGCAGAUUUUGACAAUCAGUGACGGAAUGGGUAAGUCUAGUGGAAAUGCGUGAGCAAUGCCAUUAGAGUCUGGAUGCAAGAUAAACUGCAAGAAAUGCUACCUAGACUCCGUAUGCAAGCUAAACAGCGUGAUAUUCAAUACUAGCUGCCAAAAGCAACUCCGAAUAGUAGAAAAAAGCAUCAUUUGUUUAUAUAUUAUUGAACUAUAAUAUCAAAACGCUUCUUUUUCUCCCAUCUCCGAAACAGCGAUGUGUUUGACAAUGUGCGAAAGUGUUUACCAAAAUCCACCAAAUUUAUGGAAUCAUGGAAUUCUUGUUUUAUUCUGUUCUUUAUUUGAAAUUGUCUUUCUAAGAUUAGUUUCAUUUGCUCUUGAUGUCUACUUAUCCGGUAAUUACAUCCGCCGAGCGGUUUUGGCCUGUAACAGAGACAAUCUUAAUCUAUUUUGCUUUCUGAAACGUUGUGUUUUACGGGCGGUGUUGUUGGCACCUCACCAACGUACCUGUUACGCAGGUCUCGGCAAUCGGACCCAGGCCUGCUGCGUGACAACGACGAGCGUUUCCGACCACGCUAUCAUCGUGGGCACUGAUGGCUCUUAAUGUCACUGGCAAGAUUUGACGAUGCCAAACUAUAGUACCUUCACGCGUUUGUUUGACAUUCGCGGUGUCCAUACUCCUUCUCUUUUCCUCUAAGCUUUCCAGUUCUAUAUCUCUCCGGUGGCAAUACGUCCAUUUGAACCCACACGAGAGCGUAAAACUGUUCCCAAGCACUAUCAGCAUGUAUACAGAGACAAAGCAAGCCUUAACGGCUGUUAGCUGUUAUUCAAAAAAUAUUAGAACUCUUUUUUUAGUUAGAACAUAAACAUGAAAUUCUAAAGCUCUCAAUUGCAGGUAGUAAAACAAGUUGUGGCUCCAUAUAAUAUAGUUGCUUUCUAUCACGAAGCUGCCGAACGAGAAAUUACUUCGGAAUGCUGUACACGUUACAGUUUAGAAGAUAUGAGUGGAAAAGUAAAAGUUUGCACAACAGUUGGUAGAUACAACAAACGUAUUUGGUGUGGAUACGAGAUGGACGGUGUCCUCUCGUGGCGUCUGGGCUGUUAAUCUAUUCUACUAGCGUGUACAUAAAUAGCACUUUGCCGGGCUGUACUAGCACUCAACCAUUCAACCAUUUAGUAUCCUUCUUGACAUUUAACACACUUACAAAAAGUUUUCAUCGCUUAACGAGCAAUGUGAAAAAAAAAGCAAUUAUAGCUUGGCAAAAAAGAGGCGUUAGAAAACUCGUACACAUCUACGGAAAAUGGGAAGGUAUCAUAGUAAUUUGAGCCGCAGAAGGAACUGGUCACCCUCGGUUAAUGUUGAACCGAUGUUAGUUAAUGUUGAAUCGAUGCAAUGUUAGUUGUUCGGAGAGAAAGGAAAUUAUCCGAAGAGAAAAGUUUAAGCAAAUCCAAUGGUUUAAAUAUUCACUUUCAAGUUAACUUAUAUAACGUAAGCACUUUUUGUGAAACCAUGUCAAUUGGGAAAGUUGGUCGAUGAAGUUAACUACGUUUGAAGUUACAAGUUUAUUAAACUGAAAUGCGAUAUUUUGACUAUGUAGAGUAAAGUAUGAGUUUAGGAAAGCUGUUGGAAAGAAAGCAAACCACGCAUAUCUACGCUACACACAUAAACCACAUGAUGAUGAUAAUAUCAUGAUGAUGAUAUUAUCAUCAUUAUUCAAGCACACACACACACACCCAAUACGGGCUCCGACGUGCAGAAAAACAAUCCAACCCUGCCAACAAUCUUACCUCGCAAUAUUUACGCCUACUGUUUGUUAUUCCUUACGCAACUCUGUGGAGAAGGUUUACUAAAUCUUAAAAUUAGUUCCUUGCUAGCACCGCUGCACCUUGCGUACAUAAAGUCGAAACAGUAAAUAUUCCGGGGCUGCUGAAUCCGUUGAAUAAUGGAAAUAACUGCUUUCGAUAAUAACUGCCUUCGUCAUGACCAAGUUAAGUGUUGUACACGCAGCGAUGCUAGUAAGCAAUUGGUAUAAUUAAAUCUGAUACAUCGAUAGAUAGAACACUAGCAAGAAAGCUAUGCAAAAUUUUGGAGUGAUGUAACACGUUACAGUUGGAAGCAACGUGUUGUUCUAACACCAAAAUGGGGCAGCAAAUAAAUAAAGCACAGCUUGCAUACCGUUUUCCGACCUCUUUUCCUGGUGCAGCUAUUUACACAGUUCUUGCAAAUCGUACCACUUACUUACACCACCUUGUUAUUUUCGUACUAAACACCUCUGGCGUUGCAUGCACAGCGGCAAAAGGUUCACCCGUGUUGUUUGCUGUGUAAGCGGGAAUGCCACGGGAGUACGUCUGCGGCGCCUUUCGUUUGAAGAAGAGGCAGUCGAAUAAGAGGCAUUUAGGCACGGGACCUUGUUUCAUUUCAUGAACAUUUUUAUUUUCCACAUUUGUCUCCUAUUGAAGUAAAAGUAAUGUAAACCCAACAUAGCUACAUCGCUAGAACGGGUAGACCGGCUAGUUGAUACAGCAGUGUUUUUCGGCAAAGGAUUCACCGGACGAAUGUGCAUGAACAUAUAAGCAUUCAUUUCAUAACUGUUUUUCAUUCCCUUUUUUGACUUUCGUGUAAUCAUUCUAUGGACGCUUGUAAUAUGAUACAUUUUACAUAGCUAAACUACUGUAAUUCAUCUGAAAUAAUAAUGCGAGCGACACUGUCGCUACUCUCGGAACAGUUCACACCUGUCGGUACUGUUGAUUAUGGAGUUUUAACUUCAUGAAAAUUAUUCGUUGAUAGCCUGUGUGUUUGCCUCGCCAAUCGCAAUUCGCAAAUUCUGUAUGUAACGCCAUUGGUGGAUUAGUCGGUCACUUUCUCUCCUAGUGCGCUAUAUUUGAGGGAACUGGGACGCAAUGGAUAAGUGAAAAUGGGCAAGCGUUCAAGUUUACUAUGAGAAGGAUGCAUCGGCGUCAGUAUUCUAUUCGACUCGUAAAAGGUUACAGGUCGUAACAGGCUGCUACUGCAUUUAUCAGCUAAUUCUGCAACUGAUCGACCGUGUUUCUUUCCUUAUCGUUUAAGUUAAGUUGCUUACUUUGGGUAGAGAGAUAGAUUCCAAAAAUGCUGAAAGCACUGCGGCAAGCGUUGUGACCUAGGUAAUUACAUUUUUGAAAUGUAAUGGGUGUCGUGUGAUCAAAAUAAUUGGGUAAUUCUUUCAUUGCUUUUUUGUUUGUUUUUGCCAAUUGUGCAAUGGGUUGCAUCGCGUGCGUGACCUAACCUGUGCGUAUCAGGGAGGCAGUUUAUUUUUAAUCGAUAUUGCAACCUUGUUGCCAGACUGCGAUGGAAACAAAA